AUGCCGACUGCUAUGGUUUACCACGCCAAGGCGCAAUCCACCUUCAAGCCUCCAUUGAUCGCAAACGAGAAUGCAUUCCUGGGCGACAUUGACUCAAGCGACUCCUACAACCCCGAAAAGCCCAUCUCCGCCGGCUUCUACCGUCUCGAGAAGGGCACACCUCUAAUCUACGAGUACACCUACGACGAAAUGAAGAUCAUUCUCGAGGGCGAGUUUGAGAUCUCCGACGAGACGGGCCAAACGGUGACCGCUGGGGCGGGCGAUGUGCUCCACUUCCCCAAGGGCUCAAAGAUUACCUUCACUACGCCGUCGUACGGGCUCGCAUUCUACACGGGACAGCGGGCCAAGGGGGCGGCUUGAAGGUCAAGUGAGUGAUGAGGGAGAAGAAGACUCCGGCACGACCAACGAUGAAAUGCGGAACGAGGGCUGGAUCGGGGAUCACCGAGGUCAUGACAUCACAGUUCCAAGGUUCCUUGUGCGGGCUCCCAGUGAUCUGUGCCCCGAUCCAUGGUUUGCGGUGGCUGGGUCCGCGUGUGUAUCUUGGAAGAUAACAACAAUCCAAAUCAA